UUUUGGAACAUAAAUUUUCUUCUGUUACUUGUCGGGCUAGGUUGUCUGCUGCUUUGUUUCCUUGUCUGACUGCUUGAUCGAGAGAGAUGGGUGGGAGAAUGAUGGUGGUGGCGGCGAUCUUUAUGGUCGUCGCGGUUUCUUUGGCUGCCGGGUCGCCUGAUCGCCAUCAGAAAUGGUGGAAAUGGCCGUCUUCGGGCUCUGAUGGAGCCUCGUCGUCCUCGUCCUUGUCCCCGGUGUACAGCCGGGGUGGGCCAUCUUCGAUUGUUCUGCCGCUGUACGGCAACGUUUAUCCAAACGGAUUUUACUUUGCCCAAGUGGAUAUAGGGAAUCCUCCAAGGCCCUAUUUUGUUGAUCCUGAUACGGGAAGUGACCUUACAUGGCUUCAAUGCGACGCUCCUUGUGUCCAUUGCACAAGGGCACCUCACCCUUACUACAAGCCCAACAAUGACCUUGUGAUUUGCAAGGAUCCCCUUUGUGCCUCUUUGCAUUUGGGGGACUACACGUGUGAGGAUCCACAGCAAUGUGACUAUGAGGUUGAGUAUGCAGAUGGAGGUUCAUCCCUGGGUGUUUUGCUUAAUGAUGUUUUUCAUCUCAACCUCACCAAUGGUGUCAAGAUUAAGCCUCAUUUGGCUCUAGGGUGUGGAUAUGAUCAGGUACCAGGUACCUCGCACCAUCCUUUAGAUGGAAUACUUGGGCUUGGGAGAGGAAAAAGCAGCGUUGUAACACAGCUAUGGGGUCAGGGUCUGGUGCGAAAUGUAAUCGGUCACUGCUUGAGUGGGCGAGGAGGAGGCUAUCUCUUCUUGGGCGACGAGGUUUAUGAUGCCUCGCGUAUCACCUGGACACCUAUGUCACGAGACUUCACGAAGCACUACUCUCCGGGCCCUGCAGAGCUAACUUUUGGUGGUAAAAGUACUGGGGCUAAGAAUAUGGUUGUAGUGUUUGAUAGUGGAAGCUCUUACAGCUAUUUCACUUCCCAACCAUAUGAAGCUUUUCUGUAUUCAGUGGUGAAAGAACUGAGAGGAAAGCCGUUGAGAGAAGCUAGGGAUGACCCUACCCUACCUUUCUGCUGGAAGGGCAGGAAGCCUUUCAGAAGCAUCAGUGAUGUGAAGAAAUACUUCAAGCCCUUUGCACUCAGCUUUGCCAAUGGAUGGAGAUCCAGAACUCUCUUCGAGAUUUCUCCAGAAUCCUAUCUCAUCAUCUCUUCUAUGGGCAGUGUUUGUCUGGGAGUUCUGAACGGAACAGAAGCAGGACUGCACACCUACAACCUUAUCGGAGAUGUGUCGAUGCAGGAUAAAAUGGUGAUUUACGACAAUGAGAAGAGCGCUAUAGGUUGGACGCGCGCGAACUGCGAUCGCCCUCCGGCACCCAACCUUGUUUUCAUUUGAACAAAUUAAACAAUAAUUUAGGCUUCAUUGUCGGAUCUGUAGGCUAUAUAUAGCAUUUAUCAUAUCGUAAAAGGUGCGCUGCAUUAAAAUGUAUGUACACUACUUCAGUAAUAUGAUUGCAGACAUGCCUGCAUCUUCCUAACAAUCUUUCAUCUUCUUCUUCUCUUCUUUUUGGUUUAUAAAUUAAAGAAUGAAUUGAACUGAA